AUGUUGAUGUUUGUUCAUUCUCCAGGUUGCACACUGAAUCAACAGACAGUGGAUGUGACUGGAAACGUGGGACAGUCUGUCCUUCUGCCCUGCUCCUGCUCUGAACUACAAGCCAAACCACACACUUUCACAUGGAUCUUUUAUAAAGCAUCAGAUCCCAUAAAGAUCUUCCCAAAGGAACAGACAAAUCGCUACACAGAUAGAGUUCAGCUCUUUAAUGAUCAUCCUCCAGGAAAUCUCUCUCUACUCAUAUCACACCUGACUGUAGAGGAUGGAGGAUGGUACAGGUGUGAGAUCAGCAACAAAAUCAGUAAAACCAUUCAACUCACAGUGAAAGAUCCUCUUCCAUACAUCCCUGUUGCCAUGGUGACUGUGAUCUUUCUGCACGUUAUUGUGGCUGUGGUUUAUUGCACCACCAGAAAGAAAGGUCCUGGUAAAGUUCAUUACAGCAGAGGAGAUGGAGAUGGAACAGCUGCAUGCUGAAAAGAAAUAGAGAGACAGAAGAGGUCACUGCAUUUACAGGAGGCUCAGUACUGCUGCCCUGCUCCUGCACUGACCUCCACAUCAAACCUGAAAUAUUCACAUGGAAGAAAUACACAAAUGGAAAUAACUGGGUACAGAUAUCUCCUGAGAGUGAUCAGUGCAAAGAGAGAUAUCAGCUGGUUAAUGAUCACUCUUCAGAAAUCUCUCUCUGCUCAUAUCACACCUGACUGAAGACGAUGGAGGAGAUUACAGGUAUAAUG